ACUUAACCGUUACCUAGUCAGAGACUCUGAAAACCGGCCCAAUAGCUGGAACGUAUACAGGACGGCUUCCGGAUUUGGCGGGUCCUUUGUCUCUUCCUGCAGUCUGAGCUCCCGGGUCCCGUCUUCGCUGCUCUGUGUCCUGCAGUCCUGGAGAUCCAGUCUGUGUGGCCCUGUGACCUUCAGGUAUUGAGAGAUCCACAGCUGAGAUGCCAGGAGCCGCUGAAAACCUGGAAAUGGGACCAUUGACAUUUAUGGAUGUGACCAUAGAAUUCUCUCUGGAAGAGUGGCAAUGCCUGGACACUGCACAACAGAAUUUAUACAGAGAUGUGAUGCUAGAGAACUACGGAAACCUGGUCUUCCUCGGUAUUGCUUUGUCUAAGCCAGCCCUGAUCACCUACCUGGAGCAAGGAAAAGAGCCUUGGAAUAUGAAGAGACAUGAGACUGUAGCCAAACCACCAGUUAUAUGUUCUUAUUUUGCUCAAGACCUAUUGCCAGAGCAGGACACAAAAAAUGUAUUUCCAAGAGUGAUACUGAGAAGAUAUGGAAACUGUGGAGAUGAACAUGUACCACUAAGAAAAGUCUGUGAAAGUGUGGAUGGUUGUAAAAUGCACAAAAGAGUUUAUGGUAAACUUAAGAAAUGUUUGAUGGCUACACAGAGCAAGACAUAUUUAUAUUAUAAAUAUAUAAAGAUCUUCUAUACAUUUUUAUAUUCAAAUAGAUAUAAGAUAAGACUUGCUAAAAAGAAGACUUAUAAAUGUAAAGAAUGUGGCAAAGCUUUUAACCGGUUAUCAAUCCUUAGUACACAUGAGAAAAUUCAUAGUAGAGAGAACCCCUACAAAUGUAAAGAAUGUAGUAAAGCUUUUAACUGUUCCUCAGACCUUACUAAACAUAAGAUAAUUCAUACUGGAAAGAAACCUGAAAAAAAUAAAGAAUGUGGCAGAGUUUUUAACUGUUCCUGUUACCUUACUAAAUAUAAGAGAAAUCGUACUGGAGAGAAACCCUACAAAUGUAAAGAAUGUGGCAAAGCUUUUAAGCGGUUGUCAAUCCUUAAUACACAUGAGAAAAUUCAUACUGGAGAGAAACCCUACGAGUGUAAAGAAUAUGCCAAAGCUUUUAAGUGUUCCUCAGACCUUACUAAACAUAAGUUAAUUCAUACAGGAAACAAACCCUACAAAUGUAAAGUAUGUGACAAAACUUUUAACCGGUUAUCAAUUCUUACUACACAUGAGAGAAUUCACAGUGGAGAGAAACCCUACAAAUGUGAAGAAUGUGGCAAAGCUUUUAACCGGUUAUCAAUCCUUACUACACAUGAGAAAAUUCAUAGUGGAGAGAAACCCUACAAAUGUAAAGAAUGUGGCAAAGCUUUUAACUGUUCCUCAGACCUUACUAAACAUAAGAUAAUUCAUACUGGAAAGAAGCCCUACAAAUGUAAAGAGUGUUGCAAAGCUUUUAACCGGUUAUCAAUCCUUACUACACAUGAGAGAAUACAUAGUGGAGAGAAACCCUACAAAUGUGAAGAAUGUGGAAAAGCUUUUAACUGUUCUUCACACCUUACUAAACAUAAGAGAAUUCAUAGUGGAGAGAAAUCCUACAAAUGUAAUAAAUGUGGCAGAGCUUGUAAGUGGUUAUCAAUCCUUACUAUACAUGAGAGAAUUCAUAGUGGAGAGAAACCCUACAAAUGUAAAGAAUGUGGCAAAGCUUUUAGCUGUUCCUCACACCUUAGUAGACAUAAGAGAAUUCAUUCUGGAAAGAAGCCUUAUAAAUGUGAAGAAUGUGGCAAAGCUUUUAAGUGGUUAUCAGCCCUUACUACACAUGAGAGAAUUCAUACUGGAGAGAAACCCUACGAGUGUAAAGAAUGUGGCAAAGCUUUUAACUGUUCCUCACACCUUAGUAGACAUAAGAGAAUUCAUUCUGGCAAGAAACCUUACAAAUGUAAAAAAUGUGGCAAAGCUUUUAGGUGGUUAUCAACCCUCACUACACAUGAGAGAAUUCAUACUGGAGAGAAACCCUACAAAUGUAAAGAAUGUGCCAAAGCUUUUAUCUGUUCCUCACACCUUAGUAAACAUAAGAGAGUCCAUACUGGAGAGAAGCCCUACAAAUGUAAGGAAUGUACCAAAGCUUUUAUCUGUUCCUCAGACCUUACUAGACAUAAGGUAAUUCAUACUGGAAAGAAACCCUACAAAUGUAAAGAAUGUGGCAAAGCUUUUAACCGGUUAUCAAUCCUUACUACACAUGAGAGAAUACAUAGCGGAGAGAAACCCUACAAAUGUAAAGAAUGUGGCAAAGCUUUUAACUGUUCCUCACACGUUAGUAGACAUAGGAGAAUUCAUAGUGGAGAGAAGUCCUAUAAAUGUGAUGAAUGUGGCAAGGCUUUUAAGUGGUUAUCAAUCCUUACUACGCAUAAGAGCAUUCAUAGUGGAGAGAAACCCUACAAAUGUAAAGAAUGUGGCAAAGCUUUUAAGUGUUCCUCACAACUUAGUAAACAUAAGAUAAUUCAUACUGAAAAGAAACCCUACAAAUGUAAAGAAUGUGGCAAAGCUUUUAAGUGGUUAUCAAUCCUUACUACACAUAAGAGAAUUCAUAGUGGAGAGAAACCCUACAAAUGUAAAGAAUGUGGCAAAGCUUUUAAGUGUUCCUCACAACUUAGUAAACAUAAGAUAAUUCAUACUGAAAAGAAACCCUACAAAUGUAAAGAAUGUGGCAAAGCUUUUAAGUGGUUAUCAAUCCUUACUAUACAUGAGAAAAUUCAUAGUGGAGAGAAACCGUACAAAUGUAAAGAAUGUGGCAAAGCUUUUAAUUGUUCUUCAUACCUCAGUAAACAUAAUAUAAUUCAUAGUGGAGAGAAACCCUACAAAUGUAAAGAAUGUGGCAGAGCUUUUAACUGCUCCUCAGACCUUACUAAACAUAAGAUAAUUCAUACUGGAGAGAAACCCUACAAAUGUAAAGAAUGUGGCAAAGCUUUUAACCGGUUAUCAAUCCUUACUACACAUGAGAGAAUUCACAGUGGGGAGAAACCCUACAAAUGUAUAGAAUGUGCCAAAGCUUUUAACUGUUCCUCAGACCUCACUAAACAUAAGAUAAUUCAUACUGGAGAGAAACCCUAUGCAUGUAAAGAAUGUGGCAAAGCUUUUAACCGGUCAUCAAUCCUUACUGCUCAUGAGAGAAUACAUAGCGGAGAGAGACCCUACAAAUGUAAAGAAUGUGGCAAAGCUUUUAACUGGUCCUCACACCUUACUAGACAUAAGAUAAUUCAUACUGGAAAAAAACCCUACAAAUGUAAAGAGUGUUACAAAGCUUUUAACCGGUUAUCGAUCCUUACUACUCAUGAGAGAAUACAUAGUGGAGAGAAACCCUACAAAUGUUAAGAAUGUGGCAGAGCUUUUAACUGGUCCUCACACCUUACUACACUUAGGAGAAUUCAUAGUGGAGGGAAAGUCUUCAAAUACGAAGAAUGUGGCAAAGCUUUAACCAGCCAUCAAGCCAAGAUAAUUUAUACUUCAGAGAAGCUUAAUAAAUAUGAAGAAUGUGGAAAAGCUUUUAACCAUUUCUCUAAUCUUAACCAUUCAUAAUGGAGAGAAGUACUGCAAAUGUGAACAGUGUGACAAAGGCUUUGGUGUAUUCUUAACCUUUAGUAAACAUAAGAAUUCAUGCUGAUGAGAAACCCUGUACAAAUAUGAAGAAUGUGGCAAAGGCUUUUGUGAAUCAGCACUAAGUAAACAAAAUAUUUCAUACUGAAGCACGUGGAAAAGCUUUUUACCAGUUCUCAUCCCUUACUAAACAUAAGCAACUUCAUACUGGAGAGAAUUUUGACACUUGUGAAGAAUGUGGCAGACUUUAAACUAGUUCUUAAACCCUACGGAACCUAAAAUAAUACACAAUGGAUGGAAACUACUAAUUUCAAGAAUGUAACAAAGCCCUUAGUAUAUAUUGUUAACCAUUUCUAAACAUAAGGUAUUUCAUACUAGAGAGAAUUCCAACAAAUGUGAAAAAUGUGACAACGACUUUAACUAAAGUUCUCAAUAUUUACUACACACAGUUCAUACUGGAGAGAAACCGUACUAGCAUAAAGAAUGUAUCAAAGCCUUUACAAGUCCUCAAUUCUCAGGAAACAUAAGACAAUUUAUAUUGAAGAGAAACUCUACAAACCUGAAAGAUGAGACAAUCUUAUUCACAACACCUCAAACUUAAAAUAGAUAUAGUGAUCCUAGACCCCAGAAAUGUUAAGAAUGUGUCAAAGCCUUUAAGUAGUUGUCACUCUUGAUUGCUAGUAAGGUAAUUGACACUCUAAAAAACUACAUGUUUGAAAAAUGUGACAAAACUUUCAGCUAGUACUCACAUUUUGUUGCACAAGAAAGCAUUUAUACUCGAGGAAGAUUCCACAGAUAUAACAAUUGGAAAAGCUGUUGAUACCUGCUCAUAUCUUACUCAACAUCCAAGAGUUAAUAAAAACAUUGUAAGUGCAAUUAUUGUCAAAAUAGCUUUCAGAAAAUAUAAGUCAUUAAAGUGAAGAAGAGCAUUCAUUCUUAAGAGGAACAUUAAAAAUAUAAACAGGCUCAUAGUACCAUUACUUGUUUCAUAGAUGUCAUUGUGCAGAGUUUGUAUUAGAAAAAAAACCUGAAGGAAUUUCUCAAAACUUGUUCAACAUCAGGGAAUUUAUAUUACAUUGGAAAAAACCCUAAUCCAUGUAAUGAGUUUAUCUAAAGAAUUGUUCAAAAAUGACAGCUAAGAAAACACCAGAAAGCUCAUAGUAAAAUAUAUGUUUACAGAUGCAGUAACUAUGAAAACAACGUUUACUUCAAAAUUAAGUCUGUGUCAACAUCAGUAAUUCACAGUAGAAAUAACUAAGGCUGACCCUCCAGGCAUUACACUAAAUCGGAGUGUUGUAUAUAGAACAUCAUCCAAAACUAAAGUUGUUAGAUAAAUUAUUGCUCUGUAACUUUAACAAAAGAAAAUUUGAAUGUUAUUAUUGCAUUCAAUUAUAACAUUUGAUAAAAGCCUUACAGAUUAAUUUUUGGAAAGUAAAUAAUGAUAUAAUUCAACUCACAAUUUAUGCUGUA